CCAAAUAAUCGAGUUUGAACAAUCAGGUUGUUCUUGGGAUGGAACUUUGGAUUUCAGUAUCACAUCUUCAGGCAUUUUUAAUGGAACAGAAUAUUGUGGCGACUCCGAUUAGAAUCGCUGUGGACUAAAUACUAAUUGCUGAUAACCAAGGACGGAUUAUUAUCCAAAAAUUGUCAAAGAAAAGGUGAAUUUAAUCAAAGUUACAUGAAGACAUGGAAUUUAUCGAAUCGUUACAUGGAGAUGGCGCAAGCGCGGGCAAAUUAAAUAAGUUGGUUUCUUUCUGGUUCUCUCUUUCUGCGAAGAGUUGAGUAAGAGAGAUAAAAUUGAGCUGAAUUGAAAUGCAAUUUCAGAUUUUUCAUGUGAAGGUUUCAAUGAAGAAAACAACCUGAAAGAAUACUGAUGAAGAAGCAACCAAGAAUCAUCACCUUCUUCUCAUAUUUUUUUCCCUUUUAUUCAUUCUACCAGCAAAUUGCGUGACUAAAGGAAUCUCCUUCAAUUUUUUUCCUUCUAUCCAACCUAACAUCUCACUUAGCCAAAGCUAAAUAUACUUGACUUGAAUUUGAUGUCUUCCAUUUAUUUUCAUCAUCAAUAUUGCUACUAUUGCCAUCAUCAUCUUUAUCACAAUCAUCUGUCUUUUGAUUACUUCUGACCAUUUUCCUAUCCCUUAAAAGUACCAAAAGUGAACUAAUUAUCAAUUGUUUAAUUUUUUCUGGUUAUUAUAUGUGUUACCAGUUUUUUGUGUCUCUUCAUCAACCAGCUAUUAUGACUAAUUAAUGAUCAAUUUAGCAUUAUUGUUUUAAAGAGUUGUGAAAAAUAAUGAUUUCCAGAUUGAAAUGUUUUCCAGCCAUAACCGUGUUCCUCAUUAAUAUCAUUAUAACAUCAUCUUUAAAUCCAGACUCUCCGAUAACCAUUAAAAUUGGCGCGUUAAUGGAAACAAAUGAUGAUACAUUAGUUGAAGCUUUUCAAGAUGCUUUAAAAAGAUACAACUUUAAUGAUUGGAGACGCAAUAGAUUCCGUUUAGUUGGAAAAAUUGAAUUCAUUAACAAUAGCGACAGUUUUCACGUUUCAAAGCCAACAUGUAAAUUACUUGAAGAUGGUGUAUGGGCUCUGUUGGGACCCAAUAGUCAAUCAAUAAGCUGGUACCUUGACUCUUUGGUUUCUCACUUUCGGAUUCCGUACGUUUCAAUAUUAUGGAGCUCCAAUAACAAUUCAUUAUCACCACUACCUUCAAAGACAACAUCAACAUCAUUUUCUCUGACUUCAUCAUUGUCACAAUCUUCAGUUGGAUGGAUUGAUGAGGACAGAAAGUAUCACAAUUUUACCAUUAAGUUAACUCCAUCAUCUAAAAUGAUUGGUCGUGCUCUGGAGUCAAUGAUGAAUUAUCAUGGCCACUGGAAACAAUUCACAAUCAUCUAUGAAACUAAUGAAGGUCUCAUUGAACUCAAAAAUUUGCUUGGAAUAAAUUCAGCCACCAAAAUGAUGCGAAUAACUGUUCGUCGAUAUCAACCUUAUGUAAACUCCUUCAAGAAGCUAUUGAGAGACUGUAAAAAGCAUGGCGAAACUAAUUUCAUUGUUAAUUUGGACGAUAAAAAAAUUCUUGAGCUGUUGAAUGAAGCACGUAAAGCUGGUCUCAUGACAGAGUAUAACAAUUUUUUCCUUUUCAAUUUGGAUAUUUCAUCUAUGGACCUUCGAAGUUUUGAAUGGAUCGAUACUAAUAUAACAACAUUCUCAUUAUUAGACCAACAAUACAUUGACCGAACUGAUAUGUGGAUACAAUCCGACUUUUCAACAGCCAAACAUACUAAAUUGAAAGUUGCCUCAGCUUUAAUAUAUGAUGGAGUAAAAGUUCUUGCUGAAUCAAUCAAAAAAUCUAUCAAGGAUGGAUUCUAUGAAGGUCCAAGUUUAACAUGCUCAAGUAACAAAUUUUGGGCCCAAGGAAACUAUUUAAUAUCAACUAUAAAAUCUAAUUCUUUCAAUGGUCUAACGGGUCCUAUUUCCUUCAAUCAAUUUGGUUCCAGAAUUAGUUUUCAAUUAGAAUUGAUGAAAUUGCGAAAAGGCAAAUUUAACAAGAUUGGUCAUUGGGAUAGUAACAUGGGUUUGAUCAUAAACGAGAAUAUACCUCGAUCAAAGGUUACUUUAAUGGAUAAACUGCAUCGUAAAAUAUUCAGAGUCAAUUCUAUCUUGAGCCAUCCAUAUCUAAUGUUGAAACGUAAUCACGAUAAAAUGAUUGGAAAUGAAAAAUUUGAAGGAUUCGUUAUUGAUUUCAUGGAUUUACUUCAACAUAAACUCAACUUCUCUGGUUACACCAUUUUUCUUGGUCGUGAUGGAUCCUAUGGAUUAUCUUAUGGAAACGGUACUUGGAAUGAUGUUGUUGACAAUUUAGUCUCCCAAAAGGCUGAUUUAGCUAUUGGAGAUUUGACAAUUACACGAGAAAGACAAGAAAAGAUUGAUUUCACAUUUCCAUUCAUCAAUUUUGGUAUAUCAAUAAUUUCUCGGAAAUCUGAAAAUUAUGAAUUUAGCCUGACUUCAUUUUUAAACCCGUUUUCCCUACAACUUUGGUUCUCAAUUGGUAUAGCUUUUGUUUGGGUUACUCUGACAAUGCGUUUCAUUGGAAGAUUAAGUCCAUUAGAAUGGAUAAACGAUGAAACUAAUUCACUGCCAAGUCAAGCCCAUCUAAUUGUCACAAGUCAAAUAAAAAGAAACAAAGCAAAAGCAAUUUCAGCAAAGAAUAAUUUCAACCUCUCAAGUUGUGCCUGGUUUGCUUUAUGUUCAAUUAUGCAGCAAUCUUCAGAUCUCAGUCUUAGAUCGCUAUCAACUCGGACAUUGGCUACUUCUUGGUGGUUUUUUACUUUAAUCAUUAUAUCUUCCUAUACAGCAAAUCUCGCUGCUUUCUUAACAUCAUCGAAGCUUGAAAGGCCUAUUGAAACUCUUGAAGAUUUGAUAAAACAGACGAAAGUUGCAUUUGGUUGUGUUAAACAUGGAGCAACUUAUAACUUUUUCAAAAAAAGCAGUGAUCCAAUCCACCAACGUUUAAUCAAUAUAAUGAGCUCAUCAAGUCCUAGUAGCUUUGUGGAAACCUAUGAGGACGGAUUAAAACGUGUUAUGCACGAAAAUUAUGCACUUUUCAUGGAGUCAACGUCAAUCGUUUAUUACGCGAAUCGAUAUUGCAAUUUAACUCAAAUAGGUGAUCCAUUGGAUGAUCGAGGUUAUGGUAUUGGCUUGCCUUUUGGUUCACCUUACAAAAAGCUAUUAUCUGAAGUAAUUUUGUGGUUAAGAGAAAAUCAAACAAUUGAAAGACUUACAACAAAAUGGUUUCAUGAAAAACCAAAACAGGAGAGAACCAAGGAUUCAGCCUUUCCCCUGGAUUGCUCUUUUUUCAAAUCAUUUCAUGAUCUCAAUCAACUGCAACCUGGAAAUAUCGGCGGUAUAUUGAUUCUUUUACUUUUAGGUUCAGCCUUGUCUUGUAUUUUAGUAACUAUUGAGUUUACAUGGAAAACCAAGGAAGUUUCGCCAAUUAAAAAAGAUGAAAUUGAUACUGAACAUCAACAAUUGCUAACAUUUGAGCACCAUGGACCUUCUGGGGUCCAUUUAGAAACUGUGAUAUAAGACCAAAUUAUUUCCAAUCCGUGCCAUAAAUUUGUGUAAUUUUCAAUUAUCAACUUUAAUCAUCUAUAUCUGCCUGAUCAUACAUAAUGUAUUCAUUUGACAAUCCAAUAAUUUGCCGUAAUUUGCUUUACAAAUUCAAUCUUUUUUGUUCAUCUCAACUGAAGCAUUGUAAAAAAACAUUAAUCUCAUGAUGUUUGUUUACAUUUUUUUCUACAAAUUUGUAACAUUUUUACAAUUCUGAUUAUCAUUUCUAGACUGUAAUAUAUUGUUUCAUAUCUUGUUACAAACUUACGGUUUAUUCAACUGUAAUAAAACACCUUCAAUUGAACUGAAUUGAAAAUCAUGCUCAUCAUAGACUUGAGUAUUCAAUAUAAACUUCAGUAGAUGGCGACUUCUAUCUAACAAGUCGUCAAUUGAAACGAUUGAUUAUUUAAUCAACUUCAAGACAUUUUACAUCCAGAUAUCGUUUAGAUCACAAUUGGUUAAAGCCAAUACUAAAGACUUAAUGGAUUCGACUUACCUCAUCGAUUAAAGAAAGAAAAGAAACUUGAAAGCAUCAAUAAGUACAAACUACAUUCAAUCAAUGAUGUUCAACUGAUGAAUUAAUAAUGGUUAACCUUUCCAGCAUUACGUUUAGACUUUAAUUGCUCAUAAAUAACCAUUUAAAUCUAAAAAUAGAUUUUAAAAAAGCAACAACCAAAUGAUUGAAUCCUCUGAAUAAGGAGAUGAUAGAUGAUAACAAAAUUAUUGUUGUUAAGGGGUAAAUAAACGUUGCAAACACACUGA